AGGAGGGCGCCGCGAUGGUGUACAUAUCUAACGGACAAGUUCUGGAUAACCGGAGCCGGGCUCCUUGGAGCUUGUCAUCCAUAACAGAUUUCUUCUGGUCGAUAGCAGACUUUGUAGUUAUGUUCUUCCAGAGCAUUAUUCAACCAGAUUUGAGGAGAAGAGGCUACACAUCUUCCUCCUACUUAGGACAAACUGAUGGAAGAGGGCCUCCAGGAAAUCCUCGCCGUAGAAUGGGCAGAAUAAAUCACUGGGGUGGAGGCCCCAGUCCACCACCAAUGGCUGGAGGUGGAUGAGGAAGGUAAAUGCCUGCUGUAAGAGGCAGGCAAAGGAGCAUGCAUGUUUGCAAGAAGAAAGGGAAGAGAGUUCAGUGGUGGACCAAAUGAGUUUGGAUGUUGUGAAUGUGCAUGUCUAACUGAGAACUGUUCUGCAAUAUAAGCAGAUUAAUGAAGUUGUACUGGGAACUCCUUCAAGGAUCCAGUGCAACUGAAGUGCAGUGUUAUUAAAUACAUGUUUACUGUCUAAGUCUUUGUAUAGUUUCUGAACAUUUUACUGUAGUUGCAAAAUAAAUUGUAUAUGGCUUGUCA